AUGAGGUUCUCCGCGCUCUGUCGCCUAAGCCGGGGAGCCGCCGCCCCGCUAGCGGGGAGGAAGGGGACCGCGCCCCGCCGGGGCACGGCCAGUACCUGGGGCCGCUGGGAGAAGCAACAGGCUGGCGGCGCGCGGGGCUCGGCUGCCGGAGAAAUCAUUCAGAGUUCAAAGAAAGUCCUGGCAUCAUUGCAGAAAGGACACCCUACAUUUAAGCCGACACUUGCCAUUGUACAGGUGAGUGAUGAAGAUUUGGUGCAAGAAGUAAACCAGAACUUUGCCAAAGAGAUUGGUCUGCACGUUAUUCACAUUUGCCUCCCUCAGGGUAGCAGUGAAGAUGAGAUUGUUGGUGAAAUCUUGAGACUCAAUGAAGAUCCUACGGUUCAUGGCGUUGCCCUUCACCUCUCUGAAAAUGCAUACAGCAGCAAAAUAUUAAAUGCAGUAAAACCAGAGAAGGAUGUGGAUGGAGUAUCAGAUGUAAACCUGGGACGGUUGGUGCGUGGAGAUACUUACAACUGUUCAGUUUCUCCCACUGCCAGCGCUGUGAUGGAGCUUCUUGAAAAACUAGCAGUUAAAACUGUAGAUGGAAAGAAGGUGUUACUAGUGGAAACUUGUGGGCCUCUGGAAGCCUCUUUGCAGUGCCUGCUUCAGAGAAAAGGUGCCAUGACUAUGAGCUGUCAGUGGAAAACACAGCAACUUCAGAGCAAGCUUCAUCAGGCAGAUGUGGUGGUGGUAGGCAGUACCAAACCUAAAGAGAUUCCAGUCAGUUGGAUAAGGCCUGGAACAACCAUUGUCAAUUGUUAUCCUGACUUUUUAUCAGGGGAACAUGGUUAUGGUCAAGAUGUAAAGUACAGUAACCAGUCUGCUACAGAGGCUGUAGGUCCUCUGACAAUAGCAAUGCGGAUGCAGAACAUGGUAAAAACCAGCGAGAGAUGGAUCCAGUCUCAGCAAUACAGGGAGUGGAACCUCCAUUGCUUGAAACUUCAGCCCCUCUCCCCAGUGCCCAGUGAUAUUGAGAUUUCCCGAGGACAGAGUCCAAAAGCUGUUGAUGUACUUGCCAAGGAGAUAGGAUUGCUUGCAGAUGAAAUUGAAAUCUAUGGCCAAACCAAAGCCAAAGUACGUUUGUCCCUGCUGGAAAGGUUAAAGGAUCAAACAGAUGGAAAAUACGUUCUAGUUGCUGGGAUAACACCUACACCGCUUGGAGAGGGGAAGAGCACUGUCACGAUUGGUCUUGUUCAAGCUCUAACUGCACAUCUUAAUGUGAAUUCCUUUGCAUGUCUGAGACAACCUUCCCAGGGACCUACUUUUGGAGUUAAAGGUGGGGCUGCUGGAGGUGGAUAUGCUCAAGUCAUUCCAAUGGAAGAGUUCAACCUUCAUUUGACUGGAGAUAUCCAUGCUAUUACUGCUGCUAAUAAUUUGCUGGCUGCUGCUAUUGAUGCAAGGAUCUUGCAUGAAAGCACUCAGUCUGAUAAGGCUUUGUAUAAUAGGCUGGUUCCAGUAGUUAAUGGUGUGAGAGAAUUUUCUUCUAUUCAGCUUGCCCGCUUGAAAAGGUUGGGAAUAAACAAGACCGAUCCAGGCACUUUAACAGCAGAUGAGAUUAAUAAAUUUGUACGCCUUGAUAUUGACCCAUCUACUAUAACAUGGCAAAGAGUAUUGGAUACAAAUGACCGAUUCCUGCGAAAAAUAACAAUUGGGCAGGCAAAUACAGAGAAGGGAUUUUUCCGACAGGCUCAGUUUGACAUUGCCGUUGCAAGUGAAAUCAUGGCAAUCUUAGCACUGACCACCAGCCUGGCAGAUAUGAAAGAGAGACUGGGGAAAAUGGUGGUGGCUAAUGACAAAAAUGGACAGCCAGUGACCGCUGAGGAUUUGGGAGUAACAGGUGCUUUGGCAGUUUUGAUGAAGGAUGCAAUUAAGCCAACACUAAUGCAGACUUUAGAGGGAACUCCAGUAUUUGUGCAUGCUGGACCGUUUGCUAAUAUUGCACAUGGAAACUCUUCAGUUUUGGCAGACAAGAUUGCCCUGAAGCUGGUUGGAGAAGAAGGAUUUGUGGUAACUGAAGCUGGUUUUGGUGCUGACAUUGGGAUGGAGAAAUUCUUCAACAUCAAAUGCAGAGCAUCUGGCUUAGUUCCCAGUGUGGUUGUGCUUGUUGCUACAGUGAGGGCUUUGAAAAUGCACGGAGGAGGGCCAAAUGUAACUGCUGGUGCCCCUCUUAAGAAAGAAUAUACAGAAGAGAAUCUCCAGCUGGUAGCUGAUGGCUGUUGUAAUCUACAGAAGCAAAUUCAGAUUGCUCAACUCUUUGGAGUUCCUGUUGUAGUUGCUCUAAAUGUCUUCAAAACUGACUCCCAUGCUGAAGUUGAUUUAGUCUGUGAGAUUGCAAAACAGUCUGGAGCAUUUGAUGCAGUGCCCUGCAAUCACUGGUCAGCUGGCGGUAGAGGAGCUAUGGAAUUGGCUCAGGCUGUGAGAAAAGCUGCCAGUCAGGAAAACCACUUCAAAUAUCUGUAUAACUUGGAGCUUCCUAUUAUUGAAAAAAUAAGGAUCAUUGCUCAGAAGGUUUAUGGAGCUGAGGAUAUAGAAUUGUCUCCUGCAGCACAAUCUCAAAUCAGUCGUUACAGCAAACAGGGUUUUGGAAAUCUUCCAAUUUGUAUGGCAAAAACUCACCUGUCCCUCUCCCACCAGCCUGAGAGGAAAGGUGUUCCAACUGGCUUCAUUCUUCCUAUUAGUGAUGUGCGGGCCAGCAUCGGAGCUGGGUUCAUCUACCCAUUAGUAGGAACGAUGAGCACCAUGCCAGGACUUCCUACAAGGCCUUGCUUCUAUGACAUUGACCUUGACCCAGACACAGAGCAAGUUAAAGGGUUGUUUUGAGAGAGGUCUCCAAGUUCAGAAUUCUGAAAAUACAAACUGCUACGUCACUAUUUCCUGCAAUAGGAGACAAGAGUGAAUUUGAAAUAUGCCUGUUAUGUGUCUCUGGAGGGAUAUCAGGAUAGACCAAAGAGGGGAAAAAAUCUACUCUUCCUUCUACCCAUUUUUA